CGUUGAAAUUCGUAGCAGUAAAACUUGCCCAGGGAGCGCGUUACAGCUUUUCACACUUCGGUCUCCCCUCCUUCAACUCCAUCACAUCGCCCUUAACUGUUCUUGGACUUUGAUUCUUUAAAAAAAACUGUUCUUGGAGUUUCUUCUUCAUCAAAAAUCCGAAAAACUGGAUUUGGGUCUUUGAUUUGAUUUUGUUUGUAUAGAGGAGAGUGAGAGAGCAAUGAGCGGGGGCGGAGGGGACGAGGAGACAACAUUGGAGUUCACGCCGACAUGGGUGGUCGCCGCCGUCUGCACCUUCAUCGUCGCCAUUUCGCUCGCCGUCGAGCGCCUCCUCCAUUUCACCGGAAUGUAUCUGAAGAAGAAGAAUCAAAAGCCUCUUUAUGAAGCCCUCCAGAAAGUCAAAGAAGAGUUGAUGUUGUUGGGGUUUAUAUCGCUGCUAUUGACUGUGUCCCAACAGACAAUGACAAAGAUUUGUGUGACAGAGGAUGUGAUGCACCAUUUGCUCCCUUGUUCCCUGCAGGAUGCUCCUUCUUCUUCUUCUUCUUCAUCGGGCAAAACACAAUCUCAUAAUCGCAGGUUGCUUUCAGGAGGAAGCAAUGCUAGCUACUGUGCUGCAAAGCACAAGGUCCCGUUAUUAUCUCUAGAGGCCUUGCACCACCUGCACAUCUUUAUCUUUGUCCUUGCAAUUGUGCAUGUUACAUUCUCCCUUCUCACCAUUGUAUUUGGAGGGGCAAAGAUUCGCCAAUGGAAGCGCUGGGAAGAUGCCAUUGCCAAACGUAAUACUGAAAAUGGGACCGAUGGGAUUCCUGGUCUUACCCAUGUUCAUGAACAUGAUUUUAUCAAGAAUCGCUUUGUGGGUAUGGGUAAACGGUCGAUCAUCUUGGGUUGGUUGCACUCUUUCUUCAAACAAUUCUAUGGUUCUGUCACGAAGUCAGAUUAUUCAGCUCUGCGCUUGGGAUUCAUUAUGAGUCAUUGUAGGGGCAAUCGAAAGUUCAAUUUUCACAAAUACAUGAUUCGUGCACUGGAAGACGACUUCCAGAUAGUUGUUGGCAUUAGUUGGUAUUUGUGGGUAUUUGUGGUUAUAUUUUUGUUGCUGAAUGUUAACGGUUGGCAUACAUAUUUCUGGAUUGCAUUCAUUCCUUUUGUUCUCUUACUUGCUGUUGGGACGAAGUUGGAGCAUGUAAUAAUGCAACUGGCUCAUGAGGUUGCCGAGAAACAUGUUGCGAUCGAGGGUGAUUUGGUUGUGCAGCCUUCUGAUGAGCACUUCUGGUUCGGUCGCCCUCAAAUCAUUCUAUUCCUCAUACACUUCAUUCUUUUCCAAAAUGCUUUCGAAAUCGCGUUCUUCUUCUGGAUAUGGGUAACAUAUGGCUUCGACUCUUGCAUAAUGGGGCAAGUCAGAUUCAUCGUCCCUAGGCUUGUCAUAGGUGUAAUUAUUCAGGUGCUUUGCAGUUAUAGCACAUUGCCACUCUAUGCCAUAGUCACACAGAUGGGGACGCAUUUCAAGAAAUCGAUAUUUGACGAGCAUCUGCAAGCCAACCUUAUGAAUUGGGCUCAUAAGGUGAAACACCGGAAGGGACUGAAAGGCGCUGCAAUGGGCGCCGCCAAGCAGGAGGAGGGUUCAACUGACGGCUCCUCCAUGGGAGUCCAGAUGGGACCCGCUGCCCGCAAGGAAUCUGGUUGAGAAGGCAAGUGAUGGGUAUCAUCAAGGCCUCCCGCGGAACGACAUUGUCACAACUUUAUUAUAUACUCCGGUAUUUAUAUAUUUUGUGGGCACUUAAUGGUUCAGACUGUUUGUUUCAGCCUCUUAAUGGUUCAGAUGUCUGAAUGGUUAAGAGAUUUGCCUCUGAAUGGUUAAGUAUUAUACAGAGUCUGAAUGGUUAAGACCUCUUAUCUGAAUUGAUCAGACAUUUGCCUCUGAAUAGUUAAGCAAUAUACUAGCUUUUAAUGG